UGCACUUGAAAUAAUAGCUUUUAAACUAUUAUUUUGCACGAGUUUGAUAUUUAUUGAAACCGUCAUUUAUUUUACUUGUUUUAGAUCAACUUGUAAAUCAAUUCAGUCUGCGCGGACAAAAAAAAUUAUAAAAAUGUCAUCCAACAAAAUUAAUAUCAUCCCCAAAGUUGCGGCUCAGGAGGCUACAGAAGAAGAGGAAUUGGUCGAUCCUCAACAAGCUUUGAGGGAAAAGUGUGCUGAGGAACAUCACCCCAAGAGCCUCUUCGAAAAAUACCAAACUUGCAAUGAUCGUGUGAACUCUAGAACGAAGACUGAGGAAACUUGCUCUGAAGAAUUAUUUGACUACCUGCAUGCCCUUGAUCACUGCGUCACCAAGACCUUGUGGAGCAAACUUAAGUAAAAGUGAUAAAUUAAUUAGUAGCAUCCAAAUUAUAAUUCAGUUUGAGCUUUUAAAGCAAUAUAAAUAAAUAAAG